AUGGAUCUGGGCAACCGCAAGUCGGUGAGAAAAAAGGGUGGUGACCCUGGGAGAACAGAGGAGGCAGACAGGGGUCAUCAUUCCAGCCAAGGAGGUGAGGCCAAAUCAACAACUCCUGAAAAUGGGGCAAUUGAGGAAGGUGCAAUGCUUAUUGGGGAAGCUGUGGAUUACCCAACAAGUCAACGGCGUAAAGAGAUGGCCAGUACUAGCACUCUUCCCAAUCCAGGAAAUGAAAAACAUUCAAUUGAGCAGAGAGCAGUUGGAGAAGAUCAU